UGGAAGUUGGCAGGUGGAGAGGCAGGUUGGGAGGGGAAGUCGGGGGAGGAGGCGGAAGAGUUGCUGUCGGAAGGGGGAGGAGGGAGGGAGGAAAAGAGGAGGAGGCGGUGGAGAUCUGAGCUGAGCCGAGCAUCGAGCCAAAGGGGAGAUGAGUUUGUCUGUCCUCGGCUGAGGCUCCGGCCGGGCCUAGGGAACUGGGAGCUCGGGUUGGAGCGACACCCGUGGAAGUGGGAGGAGGUGACUCUGGGACUUUAACCCCUUGUGGGCUCUGCGGCAGGGGAUUUAACCCUUUGUGGAUUCGGCCCCUCGGAGGCAGCGUCAUCGGGUAGUUUUAACCCCUUCGGGGCUGGGUUUAACCCGUUGGACUUAACCUCAUCUCCUUGCCCACCAACUCCUCGAUCGUGGGGGCGCUCUGCGGGGAGGCUUGAGGUCCACCCCUUUAGCACAUUACGUACUGUUACUGCUGCUGCACCCCCUGGACCCGCUAGCUGGCCGCGCUGUGGGCACUUAACCCUUUACUGACUUGAGCUCUCCCAAGUUGCAAUUGGAGUUUGUUUACAGAAGGACUGGCUAAAGGCGUCACUUCAGGAAUUACAGACCGAAGCGGACUCUGCUGGACAUUUUUUAAAAGAAAAAGAAAAACCUCUUUUUUCCUUAAGGACUUACAGCCAAAAUUUUUCAAACUUCGAGAAGAGGAUUCUAUUAGCCAUGGCCGAGCCACUCUUGUCAGAAUACCAGCACCAGCCUCAAACUAGCAACUGUACAGGUGCUGUUGCUGUUCACGAUGAGCGGAACCCCGAUCGCCCCCCUGGCGCGGAGGAGCGCGUGCCCGAGGAGGACAGUAGGUGGCAAUCGAGAGCGUCCCCCCAGUCGGGUGGCCGUCCGGGGCAGGAGGGGGAAGGGAGCUUGGGGCCGCAGCCACCACCCCUGCAGACCCCGGUCCGUCCAGAACCUAGCUGUCCGGAAGCAGGCAAGAAGGGCCAGAAUGGGGACGACUUGUCUGCUGGCGGAGCCUCCCCGCCGGCAGCUGGGGGGGAACCGAAGCCCGAGGCCGAGCCUCUCGCACAGCCAUGUCUUGAUUCCGAGGCCAACAAGUUGGGGGCUCCUGCUGCGGGGGGCGAGGAGGCGUGGGGACAGCAGCAGAGACAGCUGGGCAAGAAAAAACAUAGGAGACGCCCCUCCAAGAAGAAGCGGCAUUGGAAACCGUACUACAAGCUAACCUGGGAGGAGAAGAAAAAGUUCGACGAAAAACAGAGCCUGCGAGCUUCAAGGAUUCGAGCUGAGAUGUUCGCCAAGGGCCAGCCAGUAGCACCCUAUAACACCACGCAGUUCCUCAUGGAUGAUCACGACCAGGAAGAGCCGGAUCUCAAAACAGGUCUCUACCCCAAGCGGGCAGCUGCCAAAUCCGACGACACUAGCGAUGAGGACUUCAUGGAAGAAGCGGGCGAGGAGGAUGGGGGCAGCGACGGGAUGGGAGGAGACGGCAGCGAGUUUCUGCAGCGGGACUUCUCGGAGACCUAUGAGCGGUACCACGCGGAGAGUCUGCAGAACAUGAGCAAGCAGGAGCUCAUCAAAGAGUACCUGGAGCUGGAGAAGUGCCUCUCACGCAUGGAGGACGAGAAUAACCGGCUGCGGCUGGAAAGCAAGCGGCUGGGCGGCGACGACGCGCGCGUGCGGGAGCUGGAGCUGGAGCUGGACCGGCUGCGCGCCGAGAACCUCCAGCUGCUGACGGAGAACGAACUGCAUCGGCAGCAGGAGCGAGCGCCGCUGUCCAAGUUUGGAGACUAGACUGAAACUUUUGGGGGGGAGGGGGCAAAGGGGACUUUUUACAGUGAUGGAAUGUAACAUUAUACACAUGUGUAUAUAAGACAGUGGACCUUUUUAUGACACAUAAUCAGAAGAGAAAAUCCCCCCGGCUUUGGUUGGUUUGGUAAAUUUAGCUUUGAUGUAGCUUGCGUGCUUUUCUCCUGUUCUUUAAUUAUGUGAAUCUGAAGGGUUGCUUUUUUCUUUUUUAGAAGGUUUUUUUUUUUUUUAAUGUGUAAGUAACUUGACCAAGUUAUAAUGCAUUUUUUCUGUUAAAAAAAAUCCCCUCCUUAAAUGGAGUUAUAAGGUGGCCAAAUCUGAGAACCAUUAAAUUCAUUCUAGCUAUAAUAAAUUUAAUAUUUGUAAAUGUAACAUAGUUUCAGUGUGAUUUCUAGAGCUAAUUCAAAAUAGUGCUGAUUUAAGUGAUUGCAUUUGGGGGGUAGAGAAAUCCUUAAAUUUGUCAGUUUGCAAGAAAACAAUCUUUAAUGGGACAAUUUUCAAUUUGCUGAUUUUUCCCUUGGAUGAGUUUUAGUGUGCUAAAUAUACAGUUCGGGCAAAAUAUAAAGAUUAUCUUCAACACUUAAGUGUGCUUGCUUUCUAGUGCCUUGGUUUUCUUUUUCAAGCUGGAGAAACAAACCAGGGUUAGGUGUUUAUGGAGCGGAAAGUACGAUUAGAAGCUUAAAAUUUAAUUCUGCUUCUCAACAGCCAUUGGAAAGUCUAUUAACAAAAAUGUAAACCUAAUUUGGCAGUUUGUUAGGUUAGACAACUGACAGUCUCAUUUCAUUCCUACAAAUAGAUUUUACUGAUCCUUUCACCUCACCAAUAAGGCUGAAAGAAGUUCCUGGAUAAAUGAAAACAGCUCUUGGUAAACCCCUUGCUUUUUUAGUGCAAGCAAUGGUUGCAUAAACUUGUGUGGCAGUUCUUUGUUAAGACGCUUACAGGUAGGGAAUAUUGGAUUUAUAGAGGAAAUAGUUGUUUGGGGCAUUCCAAGGACUUACCCUAAUUACUUUAUACUUAGGUGCUCCCUAUACUAAAAAAAGGAAUGGGAGCUGUCCACCUUUUGAGGGUCAAACCAAAAUUAGAAAUUCCCCCUCACUGCAAAUCAAAUGUAAAGCUUCUGGUUGAGGAGCUAAAUUAAGUCCUUAUGGAUUGAGUGGGAACCCUGCACAUCCAGCCCCCAUACAGCCCCUGGUCUCAAUCUAAUAGCUGCUUUAGGCCGGGGAGUAGUUCUGUUGUUGAAAAUGCAGGGAGGCUCUGGGAAUCAAUUUCUGCCCCCAAAUCAAAAUAGUAACAAGUUAUGUUUGUUGGCAGACAAUCUGUCCUUUGCUGUUCUGCCUACCACUCCCUUGUGUAUUUAAUAAACUUCUGUCUCCUUAAAAUUA